GCCAUUUGAACGGGAGACGAAAUGAAUAUAACGAUACAUGAACCAUCCUAAGCUAGAUUACCUUCGACAAUUUGUGAAACCCAAUGACCCAAAGGAGGAAUAUAAAAUACUCGCUCCGAUCGGUAGUGGGACCUACGGAGAUGUCUUCAAGGCGGUUCAUCGUGAGAGGCGGACAUUGGUGGCGGUUAAAGUUAUGAAGAUUGAUCUAAAGGAUGACAUUCGAUCAAUUUGCCAAGAAAUACACACCUUGAGAGAAUGUCGGCAUCCAAAUAUUGUGCAGUUUUACGGUAGUUAUCUUAGGAAUAACAAAUUAUGGAUAUGCAUGGAAUAUUGCGGUGGACAAUCUAUGCAAGAUAUUUAUCUCUAUACCAGGCGUCCCUUAGAAGAAGACUGCAUUGCAUUUGUCUCCAGAGAAACUUUACAAGGUUUGAAUUUUAUGCACAAUCGUGGACGUAUUCAUAGAGAUAUUAAAGGUGCUAAUAUUCUUCUGACAGAUGACGGUCAUGUGAAAGUGGCGGAUUUUGGUGUUGCCGCCCAACUGAAUACUUCAAUUGCCAAACGAACAACUUUAAUUGGAACACCCUACUGGAUGGCGCCUGAGGUAGCUUCAAUUGAAUCUCGUGGCUCGGGUUAUGAUGGAAAGUGUGAUAUUUGGGGUGUUGGGAUUACUGCUAUUGAAUAUGCUGAACUGCAACCUCCAAUGUUUGAUCUAGACCCUAGGAAAGCACUACAAAUUCUGGGUUCGCGAAACUACAAGCCCCCUUCUUUACAAGACCGUCAUAAAUGGUCGCCAUUAUUUCAUUCGUUUAUUAAGUGUUGUUUAAUCAAAGCAGAACGACGAAGACCUGAUGCAGCUACAAUGCUUACACAUAACUUUGUUACAAAUCCACAUUUGUCUACUUUAUUAACUCAACGUCUGCUGUGCUAUCGGAGACAAUUAGAAUCCUCAGUCAAAAAUACUUAUUCCCAUGGAGACACAGGAAUAUCUUCAUCAAAUAAAAAGAAUCCUCCAUCCGGGGGUAAUUUUAUUCCUCCUGAUAAUCAUGAACCACCAGUAUCCUUUCCUGGUAUGCCUAUUUCAGUUCGACAGGAAGAAUAUUUCAAAUCUCUUCGAGUCAACGAUCUCCCAGUUAGUCACGGAAUUGAUGCUAGUGUUCCUGUUCAUUUUGCCCCAUCACAACAACUCAUUAUUGAACGAGAACCGGAACGAUUCCCAAGUGUACAAAUCCAAAGCAGUUUAUCUUGCUCUGAUUUAGCCGAUCUUAGCUAUAAUAGUGAUUUGCUUAGUGAGGUAAUGGAUGCAUUUGAAAAACGUCGUAGUGGUGUUGAUUUUCGUGCUUCUCAAUCCAUUGAUGGUUUCGAUGUUAGUCGGAUAGAUAAUAAGAUCCAAUUGAAUAAUGAAUCACAAAAUGAUACUUCAAUAAUACAACCGAACAUUCCUCUAGCGCCACGCUCACGUUCGAAACGACGCGCUCCUCCACCACCACCAUUACAGCCAUCAUCUACAGCAUUGAACGUUAUUACAACGAAUAACACUACUUCUACUACUACUACUAAUAAUAAUAUGUGUUCAUCAUUAGAUCAAAUAAUAAAUUUGUCUACUUUGGAUAUUGGCAGUAAUAUUUCAAAAACUGACAAGUUAUACAUCAAUGGUAUCUCUGCUCCAUCACAUGAAAAUCAUGUUGAAGAGACAUCAAAUGAUAUAACAUUAAAUUAUAAUAUUAAAAUAAUUCGAGAGGAUUCUAUGAGCAAUAAUGAAAAUGAUAAUGAUGAUAAUGGUAAUGAGACUGGAAAAUACAAUAGUUCUGUUAGUAUAAAUCAUAAUGGUCAAUUAUCCUCUUCUAUAAAUGAUAGUGAUAAAACAUUAACACCAGCUCCACCCAGACCUCCACCGCCUAAAUUAAAUAAUAAUCAUACUGGUGUAACUUCUUUGCCAACACCUCUUCGAAAUAGUAAACAAAAUGACGACUCAUCAAAGCAUAUUUCACGUCAACAUCAAUUAGAAAUGGGUAUUGGUCUUCCUCCUACUCCAAAAGUUCAUAUGGGUGCUUGUUUUAUGCAGAUAUUUGAAGGUUGUCCAUUGAAAGUGAAUUCAACUGCUACAUGGGUAAAUCCAGAAACUUUAAGUCAAAUUAUUCUGUUUGGCACGAACGAUGGUAUUUAUUACCUUGAUUUGGUCAAUUUAGCUGAUGGUACAUUAGAGUUGCUUGUUCCAAGACGAUGUCUUUGGUUAUUUGUAUUCAAAGAUACAAUGAUGUCAAUAUCAGGUCAACAUCCUCAAUUAUUUAGUCAUAAUUUAAUUUCAUUGAUGAAAAGUCGAACAUCACAAACACGAUUUCUUCAUAAGCGUUUUCAACCAACUGUCAAAGUUCCAGACACACGGGGUUGUUACAUUGCAACUGUGGUGCGUAAUCAAUUCAAAGGGAUGAAAUAUUUAUGUGGUGCUAUUGAUAAAAGUAUCCUUGUUAUGGAAUGGUAUAAUCCAAGGAAUACGUUUAUUGAAGUGAAACGUGUUGAAGUACCAUGUAUGCCUAAUCCAUUGCUUAAUUUCGAUUUAAUAAUUAAUCCAAAUCAAACUUUGCCUACAGUAUGCUUAGGUGUAUCAUCUACCCCAGAUCCACUUGUCUAUAAAUUGCAUCUUGUAAAUUUAAAUGAAAAUUCAAAUUCAUCAUGGUAUACAAAUCCUUGCCGAUUUGAAGAUCAGUUGCAAGUGAUUAAAGUUGUACAGCUUGAUACACGUUCGUUGUUAAUUUGUUUUCCCACACACGCCACAAUGGUGAAUAUGAAUGGACGUGUACUAGUUAGUAGAGAUGGGCGAAUAGCCAAAUUCCCAUUCGAUACAACAGUUGACUCUAUUGAAGUUUUUCUGUCGUCCUAAAGAACUGAUCCGGGAAGUCUAAGUAUCCAUGCAUGAAAUAGACUAGUUGUUAAAGACUUCAUGGAUUUGUAUCAUGUCUUGAUUUCGUCAUCGACAGCAAUUUUCCAAAGUAAACUCACUUUAGCUAACAUCAUAUUUCGGUUUACAUAAUGUGACAUUUGUACCACGUAACGUAUCCACUCCCACCACUGUGGGUUCAGAAAAUCUAUUAAGUAUGACAACACAGAAUGGAUCGUGCUGUUGUUUGAAAGAUUGAAAUAACCUGUCAGACACUGAACUCAUUAAGAGGUGAAUCUUUUUGAAAACGCGUUAUGAGUAUGUUCUUAUUUUCAGUUACAUAACUGAUUGAAUUUGUUAUAUAAAGCUAAUGUAGUCUCUAUUUAAGAUAUUAUUAAAACGUACUCCCUAGAGCUCUCCUUAUAGUUGAUGUUUUGAAUAACCUACAACUUUGCAUUGAUAUAGUCCAACAAAUGUAUCAUUUAUUUAGCUCAAAUCCGUCGACAAAAGUAGACAACUAUCACUUUGAAGUGUACUUUCCACUUCAAAUAUAUUCUAUUAUAUUUAAAACCAUAUGUUUAUGACAUUAAAUAACAGAAUAUUGACAAUCGAUACCUCAAAGCUUAACGGCGUUACAGUUAAUGAGCUCACAAACGUUUGCUGGUGCAUCUUGUGCCCUAAGCGUAAUCUGUUUGUUUUUUUUAUAAUUUUGAUGAGUUUGUACAUUUUAGUGUCAAAUCAAACACUCCAAUCUAUUCCCAUCCAUAGUUAAGAUAUUUUGACUUAUUAUUUUGAUAUUUUGACUCGUAUUUCCCCUUAUUAAAAAUUAAUAAUUAACAUCAUUUACAAAUUAUACUCGAUGUUAUUUUACGCUCUAUUUAUCUUGCUCUAGUUUGUUAUAGACAACUGAACACUUGUUUCAUUGUAAUAUUUAAUUCUUGAUUAUGAACUGUUGAAUAUUCUGAAGGCACUUUUUUUUACUUAAUCCAUUGGUAUAUUUAAAUUUAUCAUCAUAUCUUGUUUUGUAAUGUGAUCGUAACAGUUUACAAAUUUGUUUAUGAUUUCACAGAAUUAUCCUCAAUUAAGUUGAAUGGGUUAUUAAGAGACUAGUUCAAAUCGAAGAUAGUUUUUUAUUUGUGUCAUGAAUUGAUAUUAACUGGAAAAUGAUUGUAAUCAAUUGUUCAGUGCUCGUAGUAGUAUACAACAUUUCUUCACUUGAUAUCGGUUCGUGACGAUAACUAAAUUCAACUAAAUAGAUAAUUAUUAAAAACACUGAAUUAAUUCAUAAUUGCAGGCUUAGUUGUAAUAGGCUUUCAAAUGGAUUUUUCUAAAGUCUAAUUAAAAGUCAUAAUUAACAGUAAUUUUAAGAAUGAGGCUUUAACUCAUCAAGUACAUCAGAAGAGUAUUAUGCUAUGCUACAGAUUGAUUGAAGUUGUUAAUACGAAACUAUUCAAUCCUAAUUAUUAGUCUAGACGUAUUGUGUACCCAACACUACCUGGAAAUGCCCACUUAUAUCUUUCACGUCAGGUUCACAGUGUGCACUAUUAAUUAGCUCGUCCUAAAUUAGAAUGAUACAGUUAGUUAACCAGCAUUUCCUAGUAGCAGUAGAUGAUGCUCCAAGUGAUAUUAAUUAUUUAUCAAAAUUACCCCAUAAAAUCCCUACAAAACCACUUCAUAAUUAUUAUGAUAAUGAAUCCAGGUUUUCUGUUACUCUGUGUUUUUUUUAUAGAAUCUUGUAAUGAUGAUUCGUAAACAUAUCAUUUAAUUCAAUUGUAUAUACAUUUAGACAGUAAUAUUUCUGUUUAGUAUUUUUGUUGUUAAUCGACAGAGUAAUUCUUGUUCCAUACAUAAAAUUAAGUCUUUUUAUUCUUGAAAAUAUCUACAGUCACUAAUGUUUCACAUUCAACAAAAUUAGAGGUUUGAACAAAAUGAAAUUAGUAUUUUCAACUUGAAUUAGAUGUUUACUAGAUAGUUUUAGUUGUUAAAAGAAAAGGCAUAUGUUAAAAGUAUCCUAGUUCCUACUUUUGUUAAGAACUAAUUUCCUUUAAGAAAACAAAUUGUGUGUGAAUAAAAGACUCACUUUAUGUGAUUCUCUAAGUUUUAUUUCAAACGCAUAUUUAUUUCAUUUUGUUUAAUAGUUCGAUUGCACGACAGUGUACUCGCUUUUCAUACACAUGGUUUGAGGGGUAUCGAUUUCUUCGGUAGGGUUACACAAGAUAUUGAUGACGAUAAACAUGUAUAUCGACUAUUAGGAAGUGACCGGAACAUCGUUGUUGAGAGUAGGCCAAGUGAUAAUCCAAUGUCUAAUUCAAACCUCCUUAUUUUGGUUGGACAUGAAGACUCAUCCUGAUUCAUAAUUAUUAGUUUUAUUAUCAUUUCGGGGCAAAAUACGAAUUGUUUGCAUACCUGAAAACUGUUCAAAUAACUCAUUCAUUCUAUCCUCAAUUGAUCACAACAAAAGUAUUGAAUAUAUUAUUUCAUCGAGUUGGAAAGUCCUAUUCUAUUCGUUUUUGUAAUUGACGGUUUAUGAUGUUAUCUUUGCUAUGAAUUCAGAAAACAAUACAUACUCUAUUUCUGUAUGUCUGAAGGAUGGCAAAAGUGUCUUCUGUAACGAACUGUGAACAUUGUUUACUACUUGGUUUUACCAUCAUAUUUUUUUGUUGAAACCUAAUUUAUUUCUCUACCUUUUCAUUUCUUUUUUUAAUAGAAAAUAUUUCUCUUGUUAACUAUUUCUCUGGUCAAUCAUUAUUUUAUGAAAUUUGUACAGUCUUAGUUUUAUUUGUUCAUUUCUGGUCGACAUUAUGCUCGCCCACGAUCGGAUUUAUCUAACUAAUACGUAUGUUUUCGGAAGCUAAUAACGAACAUUGUUUCUGCAACUAAUUCUAACUUUCUUGUAAUAUCAUUUUUGAACAGUUCUGAUGACAAGACUGACACUGACUAAUCCAUUUAUGGUUCAACUAUUAUGCCGUAUCAAGUAACCUAGAAUACUAAUCGAUACUUCUUCAGUCGCCUCUGAUAACUACUUGAACGUGAAGCCUAAAUAACUUGUGAUAUGUGCAUUUUUUUCUUUUCUAGGCACUUGAUUCUAAAUCCGUGUGUUACAUAGACCCGAACAUCGUUUUACACAUCAAAGCAUAAUAUCCACAUGAUAUUAGCAACAUUAAUGUAAUAGAUUCAUUUCACAGAUUAGUAUAUGAACACUUAUUUUCGUUACUCAGCUAAAUUUUUACUCAUCUUGACCUAUAUAUAAUACAAAGUGCUGUUGAUAAGACUAGGUCUGGCUCUGUAUUGCACGAGAAUGGAUAUCAUGUUUUUUGUAACUUCAUUCUUCUAGUCGAUUCCAUAAGAGACUAGUUCUUAACUGCAACAAUAAGGAAAACACAUCCAGCCAUCUA